AUUUAUUUUGUGUGCUCUACUCUGGGUUAAUUAAAAUCAAUUGAAAAUGAUUAAAAUGUUUCAUAGAAUCUUCGUUUUAAUUCUAUAAAUUAACUAAACGCAUUUAUUUCCAUAAUCGAAACGUUAAUAUUGCCACCAAUUUAAACUCUAUUUGCGAAUUUUUAUUGAUUUUUAUUUUGGUGUGAAGUUACAAGUGUUUCUAAUUAUAUUUUGGUUUAGUUAGAAGUCGCCUAUGUGCCUCAAGUGAAGGAGAGUGUACACAAUAUGAAUCAAUCAGUAUCAGUAUCAAAUUUUGUGUUUUAAUUUUAGAAAAUUAAAGAAGAUAUAAAACCAAUUAAUUGGACCAAAGAUCGUUGUAGCUCACGAAUGCGCGUCUCUUAUAGUUCCUAUUAAGUUGUUAAGUACGGUAUUAACAAAUUUAGUAAAAUCAUGGAUAAUGAUACUGAUAAUGAACAAGAGGUCUUAUGCGAGAAAAUUAUAAAUGAUUUGCACGCUGUCUUUAUCAAGGAUUCUGCUGUGUCUUCUUUUGAAAUAAUCCCGACAAUGUUGAAUCGCAAUAAAUCGCCAGUUAUACACGUUGAACAUAAUUUGGGUUUAGAAUCGUGGUGUGCGAAACAUGUUUAUGAUCAUGCGCACAAUAUGUUAAUGAAUAUAAAAAAAUCGGCACAGCAACAUCAGCGUUAUUUGCAAGAGAACGAUGUGCUACUUAAGUACCUGAAUGUAGCUUUACUAAUUAAUCCUGAUGUCACUACUUUCUGGCAUCUAAGACGUCAAUUAGUGCAAAAAACUCGCCUGAAAAUGAAUCGUGAAUUAAAGUUCUCAGUUUUAGUGUUAAGUAAAAAACCGAAAUCAAGUGAAGCUUUCGCCUAUCGUCGAUGGUUAUUCUCAUUUCAAAGUGUGGAAUCGAUUGAUUGGCAUCUGGAAAUUGGCAUUUGUGAACGUUGUGCUGAUCGCAGUGCUAGCAAUUAUCAUGCCUGGUCUCAUCGUCAAUGGAUACUUCAGAACGCUCCCAGCUUAUUAUCUUCGGAAAUAAUACGUUCGGAAAAGUUUAUGCGCAAACAUAUUAGUGACUACAGUAGCUAUCAUUAUCGUCAAUUGGUAAUCUUAUACGCUUACCGCAACUGUUAUUAUGAUACGAAUGAUUUAUAUCACUUGUCUGAUUUGAAAGAAUUGCUCGCUUAUUAUCUGGUAGCUGAUGUUCAUACACCGUCGGAAAUAUUGCAAGUGAUGCUGCCGGGUAUCGAUAAUACAGCAGUGGGUGAGGAUCGCCUUAACUCUUUUUUGUAUUGUUGUAAUCUUGCUGCACAUGAUAUGCGUUUAUGCGAUGAUCAGAAAAACAUGUACGGGGAACGCGAAUCGUUUGAAUUGCAUCGUCGAGUCUGCCUGAAGUUUAUUAUCGAGCAAGAUGUCUGCCUGCUCAGCGGUCACUUACAAGGGAAAUAUUCCCCUCCAACUUCACCUAAACGACAAGAACAAUUUAAUCAAGAAUUUCGUCAAUUCAGUUACGAUGCUUACGAAUUCUUGGCAGCAGUUAAGCGAUCGGAAAGACUUUUAGGUGCUAAACAUCGAAAGUGGUGCUCGUUGUUUUUAGGUUUUCAAUACAACGAGGAUGAACCAGAAGAGAGUUUUUAAAAAAUUUUGUAGCUGUGUAAUGCUAUUCUUCAUUUAUAUUCUCAUAACUAUAAGUGCGUUAAGGUCAUACAUUUUCUAAUUGCAAUUUUGUCAGGUUUUAAAUCAAUCAAUCGUUUUCAAAAUCUAACAGAAAUGGCUUUAUUCUGUUGCAUGUUUACAAAAUCUUUGAUUUGAUCUCACUCACAUAAAACCGGGUCGAAAUAUACUUGACCCUACAAUUCAAGAGUGUGAAGUUAUAUUUAAAUUUAACUAGCAAAGACGCAAACCAAAAAAUGGGAACAGAGCUCUGUUAAGCAGUUAACAGAGCUUGUUAAAUGAAGUCUCGGAGAUAUUUAAAGCAAAAUUUAGUUAAAAUAGGACUUUUUCAGGAUUUUUUUUUUUAAUAUUAUGACAAAAAUACCACUUUAUCUUAAUUAAUUAAAAUCUAGUAUAAAAAGGUCUUUUUACUAUAUGAAAUACAAGGCUGAAAAAGUGAAAAUUUACUUAACCACUAUGACCAAACCAAGUGCUGCGAACAAAAGAAACUAAUAUCACGUGAAUCCUUGAUCAAUGGCCAUUCCAACGGUAUAUCACAUUUAUAAAGAUUCCUUGGGAAAAAUUUUUUAUGACAGUUUGAAAAUUUGUUCUAACUAAAUUUUGCUUUAAAUAUCUCCGAGACUUCAUUUAACAAAGCUUU